CCAGAGUGGAAAUUUGCUUUGGACUCCUAACCGUUACAGAACUUCUCAGCAUUGGUGCCCAUCAUGUCUGCACCAACCGGCGAUGGCUCACAGCCAGAAGUGACAGCAAGCAGUAGAAAAUCAGAGGGCAAGCAAAAAAGAGCGAAAUCCGAGCACAAAAAGAAGCGUGCCCGGGAAGAGGACCAUGCGGCAGCCGUUGAAGAGACGCCCAGAAAAUUGAAGAAGACCAAGAACGAAAGCGGUCACGAAGAUGAUCAGGCCCCGCAAACAAGUCAGUCACUGAUUCUUAUGGAGGAAUCACCAAAGAAGAAGAAGAAGCGGCAUAAUACGAAUCCCGACACAAGCAGCCAAGAUCAAGUCGCAGUAGACCCAGGGCAAUCUUCGGCCGAUGGAAUGGAGCUUGAUUCAACUAGGGAGGUUGCAGAAGAGAACACAGGCCAUGAGUCGCAUAAGAGAAAGAAGGAGAAGAAGGAAAAGAAGUCGAAGAAGCACCAGGUUCCAGAGCACGAACCUAGCAUAGCGCAAGAAGAUCCCGUUCAGGCCGAUACCGCAACCGCCACCAUUCCACCGGACGAGGGAGUGAAGGAGAGGAAGAAACGAAAGAGCAAGGAUAAACCAAAGGCGGACUCGAGGACAGACGCGGCGGUAUUAUCACAAGAGUCUCAGCCUGGCCGAGAAGUAAUCCCCGAAUUCCAUACCGACCCCGAUUUCCCCUUCUUUAUGCAGAGCAUAUCGCUCUAUGUCCCGUUCUUCCCUGUUGGGUUCGAUAAACCCUUAACAAAUGUUGCAGCCCAGCACCUGGAUCCUUUACUCAAUCAUUACUCUCCUCUGCUACGUGGUGUUCUCCUCGGCUACUCAAACCUCAACCUCUCGGACAGGCCAGCCAAGGCCAGCAUCCGCCACCCGCCAACCGACCAGACUCCCGCCCUGCUGCAUUCGAUUGACGAGUACGCAGUGGGGUUUGGUUGGCUAACGUUUGAUGCGCACUUGUUCGUCCCCGCCCGAGGGAAAUGGAUGGAAGGGAUUCUGCAGCUUCAGAGCGAGGGACAUAUUGGCGUGGUCUGCUGGAACAAGUUCAAUGCCAGCAUCGAGGCAAAGCGGCUACCCAAGGGAUGGAGAUGGGUCGAGCUGGAUCCUAAGCAAAACGACCUCGAUGGCGAGGAGCUUCAGGUCGUGGAACAAAUUCACACCACGGGCUACUGGGUUAACGAACGGGGGCGGAAGGUGAGCGGCAAGCUCCGGUUCCGUAUCAAGAACUUUGAUGUCGGCCUCGCCGGCGACUAUGGCUACCUUAGCAUUGAAGGGACGUUCCUGAACGACGAUGAGGAGCGGGCGCUAGCAGCCCAGGAACGCGAGCUGGAGCGGGCUCGUCGUGCCAAACAGAACCCUAACGGUCUCCUCCGGCCCCUCUCGAGGCGCGUGCCCGAGUUCAGCAUGACGAAGUUUGGGAGGGAAGACGAGGAAGAAGACGGCGGACAGCGGACUGUCCUGUACAAGGGUAGCCGGCCCGUUACGCCCGAUGACUAG